UCCCUCUCCCACAUCACACAAACUAACAACUUUCUUCUCCAUCGCCUUCAGCCAUGGAUUCCAGUUCUACCGAAGUAGCCUUCGAUUUCUCACCCUUUCUCAAAAUCUACAAAGACGGUAGCGUCCAGAGACUUGCCGGCUGCGACGUCGCCCCGCCGGGUUUCGAUACCGAAACAAACGUGGAAUCCAAAGACAUCGUAAUCUCGAAAGACGACGACGUAUCGGCCAGGAUAUUUAUUCCCAACGUCAGCGAUCAAACCCAAAAGCUUCCUCUCCUAGUCUACUUCCAUGGUGGGGGGUUCUGCAUAGAAACACCAUACUCUCCUCCUUACCAUAAAUUCCUCAACUCACUUGUUUCCAAGGCCCACAUCUUUGCUGUAUCUGUUCAUUACAGAAGAGCACCAGAGCACCCCCUUCCCAUUGCCUAUGAAGAUUCAUGGACUUCGCUCAAGUGGGUGGCGUCCCAUUUCGACGGAAACGGCCCUGAGGAGUGCCUCAAUCGCCACGUUGAUUUCGGGAAGGUUUUCUACGGUGGGGACAGUGCGGGAGCAAACAUCGCACACAAUAUGUGUAUUCGGGCGGGGAUCCACGGGCUUCCGGGUGUUAACGUUGAGGGGAUUGUUUUGGUGCAUCCCUACUUUUGGGGCGUGGAGCGAAUCGGAAGUGAGAGCCAAAAGCCUGAACAUCUUGCAGCGGUGGAUAAUUUGUGGCGUUUUAUUUGUCCCACCUCGACAGGAUCCGACGACCCGUUGAUCAACCCGGCUACGGAUCCGAAUCUGGCAAAGCUAGCUUGCAGGAGAGUGAUGAUCUUUGUUGCUGAGAAUGAUUUGAUGAGGGAUCGGGGUUGGUAUUACAAGGAGUCGGUAGAGAAGUGUGGGUGGCAGGGUGUUGCAGAGGUUAUGGAGGCAAAAGGAGAAAACCACGUGUUUCAUUUGUUCAAUCCAGAUUCUGACAACGCUGUCUCCCUGCUCAGUCGAUUUGUUUCUUUUAUCAACCAUAGUAGUUAA